UGAAAUGCAGCAACGCUUCACUUCCUGUCCUUUCUUCACCUUGCCACCACAGCCAAAAUGACUCUACGGAGGCUGUGUGUCCGCGGUGACUCGAUAAAGGUUGCACUCCCUGAGUAAACCGAAAUUUUAAGUACUACGGAAAGCAAGAUGCGUCGAAACUGCUCAGUGCUUAGCUACAUAGACUCGCCAGUCAGGUCUGGUCUCUACGCUUCGGGGGAGGGGGGGGGCCGCAUGCAUCUCAUUGCAUCUCAUUUGGGCAAGGGAUGCGACGCUCGCAAAAAACCAGCCUAGUGCUCAGCACUCAGCGCUCAGCUUGUGGGCCGAUUGUGCGCGCUCAGCCGUGCCUCAGCCAUUUGGCCCCGGGGGCGCUGCAUGCGUCCCUGAUGCCGACUUGCCACGUCCCCGCUUUGAUACACUCUGAUCAAAGGACAUUCUGCUGAUUGCGUUCAACUGCCCCUUCCUCUUCGACUUCCACCCCUAACGACACAAAUACGGUUCUUGUGUCGAAUUUGAGGUGCUGCUCAGGGACCAAGAGUCAAUUCACUCAGCUUCGCUUGUCGCCAUGGCUUGUCGAAUGCCUCAGGAACUAGUCGACAUCGUGCUCGAAAGCCUCUCUGACAACGAGGCAUCGCUCAAGAACUGUUCCCUUGUCUCCAGGGAGUGGUCAAUCUCAAGCUCAUCGCAUCUCUUCAGAAGAUUCCGUUGGCCUCCCUGUGUUUCCACUUGGAAGAUCUCCAAUGAGAUCUGCGAGAGUGCACUCGAACGCGAUAGUGGCUUUACAUUUCUGCUGGGAUUACUCUCGUCUUCUACGCGACUUCGAGACUCCAUUUGCGAGCUCUACCUUUGUUGUCAUAGAUUCGGGUGUACAUCCAGUUACAAUCUGGACGUCUCGUUGUUCUCUACAUUGCCCCGGAUUCUCGCCAUUCUCCCUCGCCUCCGCGUCCUGGAACUUAACGCUUGGCCUGUCUCCCCUCGCAAGUCCCUUGCACAUAUGCGAUUUGAACAGCAACAGGCCUAUGCCAUCGAAGAGCUGCGGAUCAUCUGCAACUUUAACAUCAUCCCGGUUCUGCUUUCCCCCUUCUGUCGUAUCUCCAAGCUCACUAUCACCUGGCGCGAACUAGGUGUAGAAGAAGCCCAGCCGUUCCGCCCAGAUACACCUAUUGAAGUGCGUUCCAUCACUAUCAACGGCCUAGAGGAGGCCAUCCUGCUAUUAUUGCAAGGAGGUCUGGACCUUACGGCUGUCCGUAACCUCACGCUAUCAUCUCCGCCGAAGGUUUCCAAACCUGUUCUCGGGUCGAUCAUUAUGUUCAUGUCCUCGAUAGAGUCGCUUGGAUACGAGCAAGUCGACCCCUCUGCCGCACCAUUCGACGCACAGGUGGGUGGCGGUCUUUUCGCAUUAGCCGUGGAACCUCGGGAUUUCAUCGACGAGGAAUAUGAGGACGCGAUCGACCGUGACGGGGUGGAUGCGAGCCGUGUUGGAAGGGAUAUAGACGGAGGUGCCGCUGUCACCGGAGGAUAUAGUAGGGCCGUUGCCGAAUGGAAAGGCGAUGACGAGGAGAUCGAAGGGGGCAGCAUCGAAUACUCCGACUGGGAGCACAUCCUGCGUGACCUCCGAAUCUUGGUCACGGAUGUCACCGAGAACAUCACCAUCAACCUAAGAGUUAACGAGGCGUACACCAUCGACGAUUUCUCGGAGCCUGACGAUAUCCAGGACAUUACAAGAUCUCUGCGAAAGGCAUUUUCCCUUCUCGACUGGGCUGGUCUCCAGGCUGUCACCCGCAGGUGCUCAGUGCUAAAAAGUCUGCGCUUUGCGAUCGCCUACGAAGGCUUCAUUAGGCCAGGCGAGUGCGCGGGAAUCUUGCUCAAGGUCAUCAAGAAGAGUCUGGCAAGCGAUGUAGUCAGCAAGAGUUCCAAGGACUGUCCCCUGCGUCAUUUAUUCGGUUAUUUCUGCCCAAUAUCUCCAAGCGUCACUUCGCCCGAGGUGUUCACGGCUAUACAAUGUAUUCGUAAUCAUCACAUUGAAGUUACAGGACAUUUCUACCCAUGUACUCCCCAGCCGCGAGAUGUUCGUGACGUUCCGUUGAUACCUUAGCCAGUCAUUGCAGAUGCCACUCCAAGAACAUCCCGGAGCCGUUCUGC